CUUCAUUAUACCUAUUAAUGACCUAAACUUAAUAGUUUAUUCAGUAUUUUCGCAAAUAUAAAUGAUUACAUUAACUAUAUUACCAUAAUUAUAUCAUAAUAACUUUAAUUGCUCGCCAUACAAGCUAUUGAGACGAAUAAAAAUGUUUUCGCGAAGAACCGUUCAGAUAUGUAGUUCCAAAUGAACUACAGUCAUAUGCAUUUGUAUAGAAACAACUAUGGUAUAUCUAAGAUGCUACUAUAAAUAUUAUUAUAUAACUUUGUUGAGCAUUUUUCUCGUAUUGUGUUUAAAUGUCUAUUUAGUGUUUUUUUUUUUGAAAGACGAAUCGCCCAUAGCAACACCAGCUGUAAUAAAAUAUAAUGCAACGUACUUUGCUACUCAAAAUAUUUUGAAUUCAUUGAGUAAACUCGACAAAGAAUAUGAUAUUCCAGUUCCUACUAGUCAGUCAAGUGUUUUAAGAGAACUUAAUAUACUCUUAAGUAAUUUGAAAUUAAAGAUCAAUGGUGAUAUCGAUUUAUUUGCUGCUACUAUCAAAGUAAUGAACCAAAAUGGACUCAUGCCUCUUUAUGGCACACCAUAUCUCGGAUCAACUAUAAAUUUGUUAAAAACAUCAAAAAUAAUCAAGACAUAUAAUGCUUUUAAAGGAACCCAGCUUAAGUUAAUACUUAUGUUUGAAAAUGAACAAGAAGUCUUAUUUAAACCAAAAUGGUAUCUAGAGUCUGAAGUUAUUGAAGGAAGUGUGUAUGCUGGUAAAGAUCGUUAUAAUGGCGAAAUAAUAGCAUUUUAUAUUUCUCUUAUUCUUGGAUUUCCACGAGUUCCAAUCGUGGUGAAACGAAUCUUAGACUCCACAGAAUUGCACGAAACAGCAAAUAUUGGAUUAAAAAAAACAAUGUAUAUCAAUUCAACAACCAAGGAGACAUGUGUCUAUGGCAAAUGUUAUUAUUGUAAACGUGAAGAUCCAGUAUGUACAAAAAGUGAACGUCUAGAAGGAGCCGCAAUAUUUCAUCUGCCAUCAAAUAUUAAGCUUAAACAACAUUUGCAUCCUUGGAGGAGGACAUAUAUUGAAAACAAAAGAGCCAGAUGGGAAGACGAUAAUAAUUACUGUGAUAGUAUUAAAUCUAACUAUAAUCCUGAAAGAGUCUUAGACUUUGUUGAUGUAUCUAUUUUUGAUUUUAUUAUUGGAAACGGAGAUCGACAUAGAUAUGAAGUUGUGGAACAAUUUAAUAAUACUAUUCUUCUCAUAGAUAAUGGAAAAAGUUUUGGGAAUCCUUACAAAGAUCACAUUGACAUAUUGGCUCCACUUUAUCAAUGUUGCAUAAUCCGUUUGAAGACAUGGGAAAGACUUAAGUCAAUUAAAGGUGGAACAUUCACAAGUAUACUACAAAGUAUGUUGGACGUACAUGAAACCUUAUCUCUUCUUACCCUACCACAUUACCGUGCACUCGAGCGGCGACUAAAAAUAAUUUAUGCUACUGUUGUUAUGUGUCAAAAAAAAUCAGAUCUAUCAAUUCUAAAAUGAUUUCAAUGACAUCAUUCAAAUCCAAUAUUUUUUUUUCCAUUUGUUAUUGUCUUACUGUACGUUUGUGUACAUAAAUUGUAACUAUUACACAAUGUAUGUUGAAUCCUGGUCCCAGAGGUACACUAUUAUUUUGAAAUUAUAUUAUAGUAUCUGAUGUCCAUGAUUUUGAGAGAGAGAUGUGUCACAGAAUUAUACACUUGCACGAUCUUUUAAAAUCUUAUUAAUAUAAUCAUAUACAAUAGUUGUAAAUGUAAUGGUAAUUAAUGCGUUGCUUGGUGCUAUUCACUUAAAGACAAAACAAAACUUAGUGGUUGGUACUUACCAAAGGUAGGCAAGUUAAUGAAAAAAAUAUUUUGAGUUAGUAAGUUAUGAAUGUUACUCUUUUAGUUAAUGAAAUAGGUUUUAUUCAAUCUAAGAUGAACAAAUCAUUACUGUAAAAGUUCUUAUAUGUAUGUUGAUAAAUAAUUCAAUUUAAUACCUAGGUAUAUAACUUAGUUAUUCAUUUUUAAAUAUUAGUAAAAAAUCUUAUUAAUUUUUUAUCAUGAAUCAAUCAGCUUUUACUGUCAUAAUUUGUAUACCUUAGGUUUUAUUAGACAACUUUACUAAAAGUGCGAAUAAUAUUAUGUUUUUUUAGCUUUUACUGAUUAGAAUUAGUAUGCAACUACAAUGUACAGUAAAUUUUCAACCUUUUAAAAAUGUGUUGACUUCAAAUACUACUGCUAAAGCUUCUUUAUCCACUUUCCUGUAAUUUUUUCUGCUAAGUGUCCCAGUCUCCUAGAUUCAAAUGCUAUGUGGUAUUCUUACUUACCAUCUUUAUAAAUUUAUUUUUGCUUACAGUUCAAUUAAUUUUGAUAAAGGUGUCAAAGCCAGUAGGUAUAUGGUUCAAAAACUUGUGUCUUACGGCCUACAGGAAUAAUUCUCACUCCCUGUCUAAUAGUCCGAUUUUGUUAAUAUUCUUUUUGUUUAGAUAAAGAGAACAUUAAAGUCUGAUUUUCAAAAAAAAUAUUAUAUUUAUUUGAUUAAUGUACAAUGUUAGUUAUUUUUCUAGCACUAUUUAAAUAAAAAUUUGGGCUUUGAUCCAAUCUUCAAAAAAUUCAAAAUGUUUUCUUGAUAUAUAUAUAUAUAACAAUAAUAUCGACAAACACUUGCCCAAGGGGUUGGGGGGAUUCAAACUCUUCAUUGCCUCAAUUUUUUUUACCUUUCGCCAUGUAAACUCACUAAAACUGAUUUGUAAACAUGUAUAAAUAAUAUUUAUACGAUUAUACGAAAUAACGAAAAUAUAGAUACCAAAAGUAGGUCCCCGUGACACCGUCGGUAAAAUUGUUGUUUUUAACAAUAGACACAGCGCAAUAUUCCAAAAGUAUCUAAAAAUGAAUGAUUUCCCUACGUUCAAUAAGUCGUACUUUCUUUAACACAGUUCGUUAGUUAUCUAAAACCGUGGUUCAUAAAAUGUGCAACAAAAUUAUUGAUAACAUUGAUUAAUAUUUACUAUUUACUAAUUUUCGUAUUUACCCACUGGCAAACACACAUUAUUUAUGAGGCUUGAAUAGUUGAAUGCAUAGUUUUCAACCUAUUCAAAACGUUGUUUACGCCAUAUAUCAAGACUCAAUAUUUGUGUAUUCUUAUGAAUCAUGUUACAUGACGUAAUUUUUAAUAGACGAUUAUGAUUUAUUUUUAAUUUUAGGGUGGGCCACAUAGGCCCUGACUUUUUAAGGUUGGCUUGAGCCUACCCAGGCC